AUGUCGCUCGCUUACUCGCAAUCGCAGCCAACAAACCCUGGCGGAGGUCGGGGCGGUAAUCCGCUGAACAGAGGGCAAGGUCCUCCUCCGUCCUCGAUGCACAUCCAGAAGAUACUGGACGAGAACGCGGGGCUAAUACAAACGAUCCAGGAAUUUCAGUUCGCAGGCAAGGCCUCCGAGAGCAUGUCCUAUCAGGUGGCACUGCACCGGAAUCUGGUCUACUUGGCGAAUCUAGCUGAUCCUCAGCAGAACGUGUCAUCACUGCUGCCGCCUCCUCAAGUGCUUCAUGCCAUGCAGCAGCAGCAGCAGCAGCAGCAGCAACAACAGCAGCAGCAGCAGCAACAACAACCACCGGCACCCGCUCACGACGGGAACAUGAUGGGGCAAGGUCCGGGGCAAUCGGGAAUGUCCGGAUACCCUCAACCCGGGACCGCACCCGGUGGCAUGGUUGGCCAGCAGCAAUCCCAGCAACAGCAGCAAUCGCAAUCGCACGCCAGCAACGGCGUGGUGCCGUCCGUCCAGCAUGGACCCCACGGUCCCAACCAACCCGGAGGGAUGCCACCGGGUCAGCAACCGGGUGGCCAGCAAGCGCUAGGAAACGUAGGCGGCGUCGGACAGAAUCAGCCGGGUCAGAACGUGAUGGGAGGUGCAGCGGGUGGGAAUCAGCAGGUGGGUUCCGUCUACCGUGCUGGUGUUGGUGGCCCUAUGCCACCCUCUGCAAACUCCACCGUCGUCGGGGCUCAGCAGCAGCAACAGCAGCAACAACAACAGCAACAAGGAUUGGUCAAUCAGCAGAAUGCUGGACCCGGAGGAGCGAUACGAGCGACUGGCAUACCCGGUCCGGGAACUCAACAACAGCAACCUGCGAGCCAACCGUUACCACCGCAAACAUCCGGUUAUCCGCAACGGGCCUCUUACAACGUACAGCACUCGCAUUAUCCUGGCUAUCCGCCUCCGAAUCAAGCACCUUACGGUGCCCAAACUGGCUAUUCCCCGUAUGGAGGUCCUCCGAACCAAGUGCAGAGUUAUGGGCCACCAAACACGGGAACACCGCAGGGUUAUCAUCACGCAGGAGUUCCGUCAGCCGGUUCCGCAGGCGGUCAAGGUCCUCCGGUACAAGGAGCACCCUAUCCAGGUGCCGCCUCCCAGCAACAUCCGGGUCAACUACAAGCUCCAGGUGCAGGUGCAGGAGCUGGCGGUGGUGGAGCCGGUCCCGGUCAGGUUGGUUCGUACCAGCAAGCCAUGCCACCAGGAGCACCGAAUACACAGUCUCACGUCGGUUACGGCCCACCUGGCCAACCACCGGUACAAUAUCCUCCCCAGGCGGGUCCUGGCGGUCCUCCACCGCCUCACGGUUACCCGGGUUAUCCGGGAACGGCCGCAGCCGCUGCUGCUGCUGCUGCAGCUGCCGCCGCUGCUGCCGGUCCGAAUGGUCCGUACGGCCAACCGACUGGUCCCGGUCAGCAAGGUGGUCAUCCUUCGCAAGGUCAAGUCGGUGGUUACCCGGGUCAAUCGGGCGGUUAUGCGAUGCCACAACAGCCGCAAUAUCCUUCGGGUUAUCCGGGAGCGGCUCAAGCUGGUCCACACGGUGGACCACCGAAUGCGGCCGGUGCCAUUCCGACCAGCGUCGGAGCUGGUGUCAAUCAAUCCGGAUCGGUACAAGCAGGUGCCGCUCAGGCCGCAGUCUACCCGGGCCAACAACAGCAGCAGCAGCAACAACAGGCGUCGGUUACUGCAGCUGGUGCCAUGCCGGCUACUACCGCUUCGGCCUAUCCGGCUGCCGCACCCGGUGCAGUGUCCGUUGGAGCAGGUUCGAUGCCUCCCGGCGGUUCUUACAAUGCCCCACCGAACGCACAACAGCAACAACACGGCCAACCACCUGUCUCGGGUUACCAACAGCAGCAGGCCGCCGGAGGAGGUCCCGGAGCAGGAGUUCCCGGUCAGCAACAACAACAGCAAGGUGCUCCGGGACCAGCCGGACCGGGUGUCUAUCCACCCCAUCCGCCGUACCACCAACAAUCGUACUCACCGCUGCCCGUACCACAAAGCCAAUAUCCUCCGGCCCAAUCGGGCUAUCCGCAGUAUCCUCAACGGCCUCCGAGCACACAAAUGCCGCCACCUGGCCCGCAAGGACCACCACCUCAGGGCAGUUAUGGCUACGUUUAUGCCCAACCGCCACAAUAGAGCAUCCGGACGAGGGAAAGCGAUUGGAAAGACGACGAGCAAACGUGCUCCGAAGAGGAUCGCGUGCUGGAACCGGUACACAGAAUUACCGGUACAGUUUCAUAUUUCAUUUUGCUGUUUUUUUUUAAUGAACGUAAGCGAGUAAUAUUGCGACUGCAACUUGCGGCUGAACGCAUCACGCUAAAGGAAAAAGGCUUUAGACGAAAGAAGGAAAAAUAUGUGUCGCUGUUUUAUGUAGGCUCCUCGGGAAAUGAUGGAAAUUCAGCGAACGAAUUCGAUUUCAAACGAAAAGUCGAUUUUGGUGUUCAGUCUCAUAUAGUAAUUCCACGAAUCGUGAACAAAAUGUUUAAUUAUCAAGUAACCCUUUUAACUAACGCAAUUCUAUGUGCAGACUUUUAAAAUAAUAUUGAUCAGUUUUAUUCGCGUAUUUACCUUAUUUCCGUGUGUAUAACUUCACCCUCUUUUGAUAGAUAAUGUUCGAUGUUUUAUUGUAGGCAUAUACGAUAUACUGAUAUAUUUUAUUAUUAGCAUGAUUUAGGAUGGAUACAAAAAAGCUAACGAGCCUUUACGACCUCUAGAAACUGUGGUCAUACUGGCAUACAGUGAAUUAAACCCAGAUCGAGAAUAGGGCUGGUUAUCAUAAAAAUGUAUAGGAGAUGGUUCGUUUCCUCAGUUCCGGGCAAUCACCUGGAAUGAGUGGAACCAGGUAAUUUAUAUACAAUAGUACAAUCCAUAAGCAUCAUCAGGAAAGAAAAAUCAAAACAUAGCCAAUGUGAAUUAUAAUGGAUAAAAAUCGCACUGCAAUGAUUUUAUGUAGGAAUAUUUCGGAUAAAGAGGGGAGUUAUACACGCAAAAAUACGAUGCUUUCUAUUACGCAAUUAGUAGCGAUUCGACAGAGAAAACCUUAAGGGUUGAGCUGCUUGAGGGUGAGGAAAUCCUUACACAUACAUGUAUAACUGUCUCGGUUUAAAACAGCUCGCGACUUGCUGCAUUGUGUGUUUAUUCAUUAGUCGCGAUGUCGCCUAGGUUUCCCUUCUUAUUUUACUUAAGGAUCAUAAUCUUCUGAAUAAAAUUGAAAGCUUCAACAAGUGUAA